AUGGCUAAUCACUCGGUCACUCCCAAAUCUAAAAGAAACCCUAAAAUCUCUCUAUUCCCUCUCCCUCUCCCUCCCUCUCGCUUUCACUCUCACUCAAGCUCUGAAAGCUUGCGAAUAAUUGUACUGGAUUAUAAGGGUUCAUGGUGUUCCAUGCUGUCGGUGGGGCCAUUGGAUCUGGACUUGAAUCUUUUUUGCUUGAGAGGCUUUCUGUUGAAUGGUAAGAAAUCAAAGUUGGGGUUCACUAUUUACCCAUCCUCGCAAGUUUCGACUGCUGUGGUUGAGCCAUACAACUCUGUUCUCUCGACCCACUCUUUGUUGGAGCACACUGAUGUUGCCGUGCUUUUUGACAAUGAGGUGAUCUAUGAUAUUUGCCGCAAGUCACUUGACAUUGAGAGGCCAACAUAUACUAAUCUGAACAGACUUAUCUCUCAGGUGAUCUCUUCUUUGACUACAUCUCUGCUAUUUCUUCUUUGCUGACACUAUUUAAUGAUUUGGAGCAUGUUGUAUUGAUGAAAUUUUUUUACCUUAUAAGUUCCAAUCCCGUCCCACUAUUAGAGAAU